GCAUAUCACAAAAUGGAACAGGAAAUGUCACCACAAAAGAAUGAAGCUGAAAACCAACCAAAGCGCAGAAUCAAAAUGAUGGCUCAAAAGAGUAAACCAAAGCCAAAGCCAAACUAUGAUCGGAAAGCAAAGCACCCGGACUAUGUCCAAUUUCGGUGCAAUGCCUAUGCUUUCAACAGCAUCAUUAGAGACAUAAAGGACAAGCUCAAUGAAAGGCAGAAGAAGCUUCUCAAGAAAACCCCUUUUCUGGAACUUGAUCGAGCUGUUUUACCGCCAGAGAAUUGACAUGAAUAACAUGAAUAAGUCGGACCUUGACUUAGUACAGCUGCUUAAGAAAUUUGAUCCGGAUACAAAGUCCUUCAAAUUUGGAACCAAAUCAUUCCAAAUCACAGGCAAUGCAGUGACUCAGAUUCUAGGACUGCCAAAUGAAGGCAAAUCUGUCAAACUUGUCAAUGAUAGGUACACUGCUACCUUCAGAACAAGGCACUUUGGAGAAAAGGGAAAACCAUCAAAAAACCAGGUAGAAGCAGAAUUACAAAAGACAAUUGCCUUGGCAAACCAACCGAAGAAAGAAAAGGCAAAGACAGAGCAAAAGAAAAAAACGAACAAAGGAAAAGAAAAGAAAGAAGCUGAAGAAGAAGAAGAAGAAGAAGUUGAUUACGACAAGGAGGUGGUCAGCCUAAUAUUGAUUCUGCUGUGCAUGACAUUUCUUUUUGCCAACUCUUCAUCUACUUUGCAUUGGUGUGAAUCCUUGACCGCAAAAGCAAAAGCAAAAGCAAAGAAGGGAGGAGAAGCCUCUAUAGGAGCUGUUUCGGGUUGCACUAUCCUAAUAUUGUUUCUACUGUGUGAGAGGACAAACAUCAUACAACCAAUCCUUGGCAAGGAGAAAGAAACUCCUGCCAUUCUUAAAUAGAGUCUUGUGGAACUCCACACAAGAUUCAACCAAAUAAAGGACUUGAAUGACAUCGAGGGUAUUUUCAAAACUCCUAAAAAG